ACAAAUAAUCUCACAAUAUACCCCAAUAUCAACACAGUUUGCAACAACUUUAAGAGUAGUCAAAAAUGGUGAAGAUGAUCGGCCCAUGGGUGGCAGCGUUCUUGCUCUCAAUGGUGGCAAGUGCAUAUGCCCAGAGUGCGACUAAUGUGAGAGCCACAUACCAUCUCUACAAUCCACAGCAAAACAACUGGGACUUGAAUGCUGUGAGCGCCUUCUGCGCCACCUGGGACGCCAACAAGUCAUACGAAUGGCGCAGCAAGUAUGGUUGGACCGCCUUCUGCGGACCCUCCGGCCCUACUGGCCAAGCGGCUUGUGGCAAAUGCUUGAAGGUGACAAACACAGGAACAGGAAGUGCAGUAACGGUGAGAAUAGUGGAUCAGUGCAGCAACGGUGGGCUAGACUUGGACGUGAACGUGUUUAACAAGAUUGACACCGAUAAGAAAGGUUAUGAGAGAGGCCACCUUAUUGUCAACUAUGAUUUCGUCAACUGUGGUGACUAAAAUUAAUUAACCACAACUAGUGUACUGCUUUUUUUGUUCCCAUCUUUUACUAAAAUAAAACUUACUACAUGACGAAUAAGAUAAAUCAAUGGAUCUGCUUCUUGAUCAUCAAGAAGUGUUUGACUGUAAUGUCAUCGCAUCUAGCGGUGCAGAAUGUGUAGUAUUAUUACAUGGGAAUGAAUAAACAUUUCAUUGUAAUUUUUA